UUUCAGGUGAAAAUGGAGAGUGGUGUUCGGAAAAAGCGGACACUUGCAGAACGAAGAGAAUCCGAUAAACUUCGACAACGUCGGUUUCGAGCAAAGAAAAGAGAAGAAGCUCUACUUAUCCAAUCAAUCAAUGGAACAGCUGAAAAAGAAAAGAAAGAAAGAGUUUGUUCAAUUCCAAAGAAGACAGCAGAUGAAAUCCGGGAAACGAAUCGAAUUCGUCAGCAGCGAUUUCGUGCCAAGAAACGGGUAGAAGGAUUGGUAGAAAUGACUCCAGAGCCUAUUCCGAUAUUACAAGAACCACCAGUGGAGCAGAAGCUUAUUUCAAUAUCUCUUCAUACGCCAACUAUUCCGAUUGAGGAUAACACAGUAAACUUGGUCCAGCGCAUAUUGCUCCAGGCUGCCUCUGACGAAAAAACUCGUCAAACGGAAAUUCGCCGAGAAAAGGAUCGAAUUCGGAAACGAAGAGAAAGACAGAGGAAAAAAGAUAGAGCAUUGAAGUUAGCAGGUUUAUCACCUGAAGAUGUUGUGCAACAGAGUUUUGAAAAGAAAUUGGCCUAUCUCCAGCAAGAUAUGGAAGAAAGUUAUAGACAAGAAACACCAGAUUGUUCCACAUUGCAGGAAUCUGAUAACGAAGAUGUAGAAGACGAUGAUUAUGUUGUUGAAGAAGAAGUGGCACAAAUUGAAGAAGAGGAUGUGUCAAAGGAAUACUUCGAUGCAUCAAAAUUUGUAGCACAGCUUGAAGAAAUGGGACUAGUACUUGGCGUAAUGACACCAUCAAAUGAUACUGGUUCUCCUAUGUUUGAAAUCAAACAGAAAUCACCAGAAGAAUCCAUAUCAUCAGAAGAAUCCACAUCUUCAACAUCUUCUACUCCCUAUCAACCAGAAACAUCUCCAUUUCCUGAGAAGAAGCAGUGGCAGAGAUGUAACUCAUCAGAGGAGCGUCGCGAGCGUGAGAGAAUGAGAAAACGAAUGUAUCGAGCAAAGCAAAAGUUCAUUUCAACUGGUAAAUUGGAAAUGCAAUGGAAUCCAGCACCGAUAAAAAGAAGUCCAAACGAUGAACCAGAAGAAGGUAUUACACCACUUCCUGAGUGGCAAUCGGGGUUAUCGUCUGAUCAAAAGCUGGUGGCACAUCGAAUCUACAAUAAAAGAUAUCGGGAACGCAUGAAAAGUUCUGCAGUAAAAGAUGAAGCUUCUAGAAGUCAGAGUCGAGAAGAACAACCUUUAGAACCAUCAGAGACACUCAAUUUUGAUUUAUCAACGCUUCCACCAGAUCUCCUUCUGAAGCAAAUGCUCUCAACCAUAUCAAAAUGCGACUUUUCUGGUAUUAAACAAGAUGCCGACAAGUAAUUUAAAGCGGGUCCAAAAGCCGAAUUACAUAUCUGAUAAAUGACGUGAUACUAGAUGAAUAAUGAAUUAUUGUUAUUCUGUGAUUUCUAAUUCCGUUGUUAGUAAAAUAUUUUUAUUUUUUC